GAUAGAAAAUGAUUCAUACAAAAUUUCUAACGUUAAGUUUAGGUGGGCUAGAGGAGGGUUGGUUUAAGUAUAACCUGAGAGCAAGGCCUGCUUCUUAGUACAUCCAAAGCCAUUAAAAAUGAGACAUUGAGAGAAGUUCAUUAUUACAAUCUCUGCAUCCCCUAGGGACCAAUUCCUGCCAGUGCAACAUUAGCUAAUGUCUCUAAGGGCUGAGGGUGACCCAACCAAAAUCACAGAACAAAGCUCCCCCCAAAGAUCCUCUGCCAGAAAACUAGAACGAGGCCAAUGAGGGACUCGGCCACUAAAUCAAUGAAGACCAGGAUAAUCUGAUGCAUUUUACACUGUGCUCGGCAUCAAGAAAGUGUGCACUGGUAAUGUGGGAGCUCAAAAGACCAGACCUAGGACCUACCUCAGACAGAAGAAAAGGCUCAGCUCUUUUAGAUGCCUGCAAAAUCAGCCUAACUCGGAACUCGGGAGUUGGAUGAAAUGACAUCUCAUCUCCCUUCCAGCUUUCAAUCUAUGAUUGUCGCUGCAGAAGAUGGACAAUUUAAAACAGGCUCAUGGCACCACAGACUGAGCAGUGGGAGGGACUUGAGAAGUCACUGUCCAAUCCUUUCAUUUUGUAGAUGAGGAAAUGAAGCCAGAGUCACACAGGUUACUACCAGUGCAGGGCUGGGAUUUGAACCCAGGUCCCCAUCUCCAAAUCCAGCACACUUUCUACUAUAUCAUCCUGUCUCUCGUAUCACUGCUGUUACAAAGAAAAUAAAAUCAUUCCCUCAUCCAAAUAUCACAUUAAUGUGAAUUGGAAAUACAGAGCAGCAUUCCCUCACAUAAAUGUUUCAUAUUCAAAGCAGUUUGGUUCUAUGAAAUAACCCUCUUGUGAGUUGUGGGCUAUCUCCACCCUUACUAAAGGUGGGGGUAAAAAACGGACAACUGAAAACCCAGCUGCCCAGAGCUCCAGACAGAAUAGAGGCUAGAGAGGGGACAGUAGCUCCCAAGUCACUGGUGAGCCUGCAGGUUUGGGGAUUAAAUUGUCAUGUGGCAUGCUGAUUUCCAGGCCCAGGUCUGCCCACUACUGCAGCCAGCCCCUCCUCUGCAACCUGGUGGUUAACAUCAUCUUUGCUUUCCUCACUAUCGGCCUGGCUUUGCUCCUCACUCAGGUGGAACCAGGGCCCAAGGCCCUGGGUGGGCUCUUUGUGGUUUUUGGUGUCGCCUCCUUUGCUGAGGGAGUCUGUACUAUGGUCUUCACUGCCUUGGCCUUCAACUGUUUCCAGGCACAGGCAAUGGAAUCCUGGAAUCCCCAUGGAGACCUUGGAGCCAAGAUUCCAGGCUGCAUAUGCAGCCAUCCAGUCCAGCAGGGAAGCCCUGAGAAGCCAGGAUACCAGGGACUCAAGCCCAAGGGGAAUUCUGGACUUGGAACUUGGGGCUGUGCUAUACAGGAACUGAGCUAAACUGCAAGCCUACUGAGGUGCUGAAAGGCAGGAUUAAGCCCCCACAUACCUGGGAAAUGAAUAGUGCUUGGUAAAAGCUAAUCUGACUGUUACAUGGUUAAAUGGAGCUGGGGAGCAGGAAUUCGCCUCCAACUGAGGGUGCACCAUUAAUGGGGCUGGUGUCAAUGGCAGAGAGCCUAGACACCCCUAACUUCCUCUUAAUAGUGCUGGAGAAUUAUGGGGGAAAGAUGAACUGGAACACGCCUGGCCUUCAGGCAGUGGGGGCCAGAGUAGAAAGUGCCACAUUAUUGAUGGGUUAUAGUCACAGCCAGACCUUCCAGACUGAUGAAAUCAUAAGUCCCUGACAUACUGACCAACUCACAAAGUAAUAACUAAGAGUACUGGAUGAUAAAAUUAGAUCUUAUAUGUCACUGAGUCUAGCCCUCCCUUCACUUGAUCAAUGAGGAAACCAAGAUCCUGAGAGGUGAGUGACUUGUCAUGAAGAUGGCAAGGACAGCUGGAAUUCCCAGAAGUCCUGAGAUUCUGAAAUCCUGCUGGUCAUGCUAGCCAUGCUCUCUGCCCACUCCGAAAUAACCAUCAGCUAAAGCAUCCCCUUUUAGCAGAACCUAUUUGAAAAUAAUAACCCUGCUAUAAAUUCUAUUUUAAAAUCAGAACUCUCAGCAACAAGGGGAGGGGGGGAUAAUGGACAGUCUCUGCAGGUUGCUUUGAAAGGUCCAGUAACUUACGUCAGUAUUGUUUUCCCACGAAAUAUAUUCGUCCCCCUUGGCAGAAAGUCUGCUCAACAUUUCUAACUGAAUUUUAUCCUAGCUUCAGAAAAAAAAAUAGCUAAUGAAAUUCUACUUUUUAAAUUGGGAGUACAUAAGUCUAACAAAUUCAACUUGAGAUUUUACUUUAAACUACAAACGUCAGAGAUUAGCAGCAAAACCAAGGCAUCUCAGACUUACUGAAAAGAUGUGCCUGAUAAUUAACCAGCAGCAGUGGGAGAGCUGCUUUUAAUCAGAUGUUUUCCUCUUAGGCCCUGUGGCAUCUUACACACUUUCAUCAUUUCUGCAUCAAAAUCAAGACUCUGUUUGAGCCGACAUCAGAUUCAGUAAGCAUCGUUCUUAUUUUAUUCUACUGAUGCCUUAGAAACCAUGACGUUUUCUGACACGAGUGAAUGUUAAGGCAAAUAAAGAUAUGUAAAC